AUGGAUGCUAUUAAGCGUGCCUUCGUUAGGAAGCAUUUAUCAUCUUCGAACAGCUGUCUGCCUGUUCGUUACGGUCAUAGGGUCACCGUCGUUGAUAAAACCCCGGUUGGUGUUGUCGCUCGUCCUUUUCAGCCAUGUGGUGUUAGGAGCAAGGAAACUACUAAAAUUGGGGUCGAGAGAAAGGAUGUAUCAUUCACUUUUAACUUUUCUAUCUAUCUAUCUAUCUAUCUAUCUAUCUAUCUAUCUAUCUAUUUCUUCCUUCUCUCUUUUCUUUACUCUUCUAAUUUCAUUUUUUUUGCAAACCAAUUGCCAUUCUAUUUUUUCACAUAUUUUCUCUUUGUUCUGUUCUUUCACUUUUCCUUCUGUCUUUUUUUUUUGUCUUUUUUCAUCUUUCUAACAUCUUCCCUACAAAUAUAUUAUCUUUUACCUUUCUUUUUCUUUCAUGUCCUUUUUAUCUCUUUCUCAUAG